CGGCCGCUCCUCCUCCUCCUCCCGCCAUGUCCGCCGGCUUCUCGUUCGGGGCCAGCACCCUCGGCUCCGCCGCGCCCGGACCGACGGCCGGAACCGCCGCCAGCUUUUCCUUUGGCGCCGCCCCCACCACCAGCAAUAUCGGCACAACGGGAGGACUCAAUUUUGGGACUCUUGGAGGCACGACGACACCCGCAACCACAGCUGCUCCCUCAGUAGGUUUUGGAACUGGACUUUUCGCAUCAAAAUCCACCGGGUUCACCCUGGGAGGGACCAACACAGGAACCGCCACAACCAUUGCCACAGGAUUAACUCUUGGAACUCCCGCAACCACAUCUGCUUCGACCACAGGUUUCAGUUUGGGGUUCACCAAGCCUGCGGGCUCGGCCACCCCAUUUGCUCUUCCUGUUACAUCUACCUCAGCGGGUGGUCUCUCACUUUCUUCCGCCCUGACAUCUACUCCGGCAGCAGCAUCCUCCGGCUUUACACUGAACCUGGGCGGGACGCCAGCCACAACUACAACUGCAUCCACGGGGCUCUCCCUUGGGGGAGCCUUGGCUGGCUUGGGAGGAGCCCUCUUCCAGAACACGAACACAGCAGCAUCCGGACUUGGGCAAAAUGCUUUGGGCUUGGCCUUGGGAUCCACUGCAGCUCCUUCAACCACAGGCAAUGAAGGUCUUGGGGGCAUAGAUUUUAGUGGUUCUUCAGAUAAAAAGAGUGAUAAGACAGGAACAAGACCAGAGGAUAGUAAAGCCCUGAAGGAUGAAAACCUACCUCCUGUAAUUUGCCAAGAUGUAGAAAAUCUCCAGAAAUUCGUGAAGGAACAAAAGCAGGUUCAAGAAGAAAUCAGUCGCAUGUCUUCUAAAGCGAUGCUUAAAGUUCAGGAAGACAUUAAAGCUCUGAAGCAGCUUCUGUCGGUGGCUGCCAGCGGACUCCAAAGAAAUACUCUGAAUAUUGACAAAUUGAAAAUGGAAACCGCUCAGGAGUUAAAGAAUGCCGAAAUAGCAUUGAGAACACAGAAAACCCCACCUGGACUUCAACACGAAAAUACAGCUCCUGCCGACUACUUCAGAAUCUUGGUUGAACAGUUUGAAGUACAGCUGCAGCAGUACAGACAGCAAAUUGAGGAACUAGAGAAUCACCUGGCCACUCAAGCAAACAAUUCACACAUAACCCCACAAGACUUGUCCAUGGCUAUGCAGAAAAUCUAUCAGACCUUCGUGGCUCUAGCAGCACAACUUCAAUCCAUUCACGAAAACGUAAAGGUGCUCAAAGACCAGUAUCUUGGCUACAGAAAAGUAUUCCUCGGCGAUGCCGUCGACGUCUUUGAGGCGAGGCGGGCCGAAGCCAAGAAGUGGCAGAGCGCUCCCCGCGUGACUACGGGACCGACCCCUUUCAGCAACAUACCAAAUGCAGCAGCCGUUGCCAUGGCUGCAACCCUUACACAGCAGCAACAGCCUGCUACAGGGCCACAGCCAUCUCUGGGCGUUGGUUUGGGAGCACCAUUCGGCUCUGGUAUUGGCACUGGCUUGCAGUCAAGUGGCUUGGGGUCUUCGACCCUUGGAGGAUUUGGAACUAGCUCUGGUUUUGGAAGCAGCACCUCAGGGGCCUCCUCAUUUGGAUUUGGAACAGCCAAUAAGCCCUCAGGAAGCCUUAGCGCAGGCUUUGGCAGUUCAAGUACGUCCGGGUUUAACUUCAGCAAUCCGGGCAUCACCGCAUCCGCGGGGUUGACUUUCGGGGUGUCCAAUCCCGCCUCGGCAGGCUUGGGGACGGGAGGACAGCUCCUUCAGCUCAAAAAGCCCCCGGCGGGAAACAAGCGAGGAAAAAGAUAAGACUGCGGGGUGGGUGACCGGGUCGGGAGGAGCCGAGCCCUCCCUGCCGGGCCCCAUAGAUCUAUUUUUCUAGAACGGAUGUAGUCGUCACGUCGCGUCCCAGAAGAUUUAUAAAGUUUUGAUAUAUCGCCCGGAUUCUGAAUUUGAAAUGUAUCCUUCGUUGUCCUGACGGACAGCGUCCUCUCUUGUGAAUAUACGCCCGCUGAACUGUAUCUCUUACUUUGGUUCCUAGUUUUAGAAAUGCCGUCCUCCUGAUGACGUUCCCUUAUUUAACCUAACGGUAGGAGCCGAACGUUUCUGUUGUAAGCUACACGGUGUCGGUAGAUGCAUAUUUGUUUCCUGUACAGAUAGAAAAAUAUAUUCUAGUACAGCUACUAGAGUCCAUGCUUCCUGUCCCCCUGCUAUGGCCUUUGGAAAUGACUGCAGGACAUCUUGUGACUACGUAUGUAAAUACAUACAGUCCAGCGCACAUUUGCGUGUACCUAUAGAAUUUAUAUAUUUACACACGUACAGACCUUGCCUCCAAGUCUCCCCUCGAGGUCCCUUCCUUGGGAGAUUCCCCCGUCUCCCCGUCUUGGGCCUCGCCGCCCCCGAGGAGGUGAAUCCGCAGCAUCAGGCUCGGGCCGUCGGGCGCGGGCGGCCCUCCGUUGUUGUUUUUUUUCUUUUUAAGGCCAGCCGCAGCGAUGUGGGCCACCUGGCAUUCGAGCCGAUGGGCUAGCGGGGCGUUUCCCCCACCCCACCUCCGCCCCUCCGUUUUUCCCCCCCCAGCAGCCCCUCCAAAGAUCGGAGCCCCUUCACCUGACCUGGUGGGACGUCUCGACCGAGACUUUGAACGGUCGCUGUUUCCGACCCGGGGGCGGGGGGCGGCUUUUCGGAAACUGGCCUCGAGGAGCACAUUCAGGGUUCUGGACCGCCGGCGUGGAGCCGGCGGGGCCUGAAGCCAAAGUUCUCACUUCUAUGCACGGGCAGGGCGACGGGCAGUGGUGCUCCAGUGGACACAUUUCUGAUCACUCCAGCGCAGCGCCGGGUCAAAGCGGGCUACUAACCUGGACACCGAACCGAGAGGACGAUCGAUUCUGGGUUUGUUUUUUUUUUUUCAGGGUGUAAUAUUCCCGCUAACAGCUCUAAAGUACCCACCCGCUGUCCCUCCAGCGCAGGGAACGCCACGAAAUAACGUUCGCGUGUCAGGUUGUACCGCACACCCCUCUGUACGGUGUGGCUGAAAUAGCGGGAAGGAGAGAAAAAAAAAAACCCGCAAGGAGUUAACUGCCUUAGCUGCGACGAAAUACAAAAAAAUCCGGUUGGCCUAUUUACCUUUGCAAGUUCAAGCAUCUUAGGGAGGGUGUGAAUGAAAUUUCGUUGAGAAUAGUGUAACUUUUAUAGAGAAGGUUUUGUACAUACCGUGCAUCAAGUGAAUAUUGAAUUUGCAGAAGCAUAUUCACCAAGGCACCUUUUUUUCUAAGACAGGUACUGCAUAUAUACAUAUAUAUAUUUUUUCUAGUCUGUUGCUUUUGAUUGUAAAAGUGCCGUCAAGUACCAUUUUGUAUGUUUUGGGAUUAGUCUGCAUUCGAUUGGCCUCUGUUGAAUUAGAAUUUCUGUUCUCGAUGCAUCUAAAAUAAGGGAAAUCUUUUGUUUCGGAGCACAGACCUUGUCUUUCAUUGCUGUACUCUUGUAUAGUCACUGCAUCUGGGUUGUGUGUGUUGGGGGAGGAUAGGAAAAGGUGUGAUUUUGAUUUUUUUCAUAUCCUGUCAGAAUUGUGUUCGGUUCGAAUCGGAAUUUUAAACCAUUGCUCUGGGCUGCCGUGAGAGUCAGAUAUUUGUAUUUUACAGCUUUUUAAGUUGAACUCGAAUAGCGGAACCAUUGGACUCCUUGUAAAAAAAAAAAAAUUCAUUUGUGGAAAAUUUUUAAGAACGUGUUGUCCUUGUCCACUCUGUCUGCAAUCUUCCAUUGUGUAAACAAUAAAACUUACUGAAUCCACGCUA